AGCAAUUUGGUGCCCAAACUGAGUGGUCUAAUGAUUGGCAGACCGAGUGAAACCCUCCUUCGUUACAGUUGGAAUAAAGAUGAUAAAGAAAUGGCCACGUCUCUGCCUGCUCUAAACGCGCGGUUCUUCACCUCUGAUUUGCUGUUCAAAACCUUCGGUCAGGUGUUGAAGAGUUGGAACAUUGUGUAUAUUUCUUAACCCUAUGAAUAGAGUUGUCGGUUCGAAAGACAACAACUGAUAGUAUGUGGUAAAGUUUGCCGGUGUUACUAUUCUAUCGUUCGCGUGCAGUUAUUAGUGUCUCUGCAUCUAUCUCCUUUUCUCACUCUCUAAUUCACAUAGUAUGAUACUUAAUCUGUGACGUAACGGUCAUUGUAUUGUAUUGAGCCGUGCAAACGAUGGUCUAGCACUGUUUGUUCCAUCAUAUUUCAUUCUUUGUUUUAUAUUUUUCCUCUAAGGUUAGCUCUAUGUUGCAAAACUUGACAGCUCUAUAUUCAUGAGAUGGUUUCAUCCAUAUGGUCAAAGUUAAGCGCAUUGUUGGUGUGCAGUGCUUUCAUCAUAGUAUGCUAAUAAGCUUACAAGAAUAGUGAAAUGAUUCUUUCAUAGUGAAGGGGUUGCGAAAUUAGAUAUUUAUUGUCUUACAUGCCUCAUUGUAGUGAAACAUACACUUAAUUCAUUACUGAUUCAGCUCAUUGCUACUUGAAGUUCUUACACUGACUGACAUUGAAAUAGCCCUAACGUAAGUAGCAUAAAGGAAGUAACACACCGUACCCCUCUUUAGUAAUCCAUCGAAUUCAAGCAUAAUAUGUGGUUGGAGUUGCUUUCAUUUCUUAUUUAUAUACAUUUCAUUUACUAGGUUUUCACCUGCCUAUAUGUACACAGUAAUUGGUUGAGUGGAAUAAUAUUUUGUUGAAGUGUGUGAUUUUAUCUUUUAUUUCCCGAUAGCUAUUGCUAAUGGUUAAUACUCGUUCACUUGGAAUAGUAAUUGGUAGUGAUGUCGUCUAUUAGAGUAAUUACUCGACUUCCACAUGGUAAGUGACAACUAUGGGUUUCGAUGAACUCACUUGGUUGCAACAGCCAAAUGACUCUCCUUUACCAAAUACGAUUUACUGCCUGAAACGUUAACAAUUACCGACUUAUUGAGUUAAAUUUUCCAGAAUAAAUUGGAUUCUAAAUGCGAACUGAACUCAUUGUAUGAUGAGAAAAGUCCACACAUAUCAUAUUACUUUAUUUGUUUCUUCUGUAGGUGGACAGCUAUUCCUGUCUCAAAAUUCUCAGUCAGCACAACUUAAGAAUAUUGGCAUGAAAGAACUUAUGCUUUACAUCGUUUGAUGGAGUGAAUAGGAUAUUUUGUCUUCAGGUUAUGCCCCUAUGUGAUGAAUGGCGUCUGUUGGCGAUACACAGAUGCGGAAGCAACUUCGUGUUUGCAGGCGCCGUCAGAAACGCCAUCUAAAGUUGAAAAGAGGUUCCCGGCUUUCUUCUAACAGAAACAAUUCAUUUAACAGCAUAGCUGAUUCGGAGGAAGUGUAUGUUGUUGAAAGUAUCCGUGAUGAGAGGAUUAUUAAGGGACAGAAGUACUACAAGGUACGUUGGCAUGGCUUCCCUCCAGAGGCGGACAGUUGGGAACCGGAACAAAAUCUUACUAACCUUUUGGAUAUAAUUGCAAGUUUUCAUCGAUCAAAGGCGAAGACUCCCAAAAAUUUAGAUGUGCAAAAAGAGUAUCAGCCUGGUUAUGAGAACUCCCCAGCUUCACUUCCGACUCCUCCCUCUACCCCAAGCACGGCAGUCCACCAUUUACAUGGUCGCUUGAGAGGUGCUAGUGAAGAACGACAAGUAAAUAACUCCAUAAAACGCAAACACUGCACGAAAUCUCGAACUAGUGGGAGAUAUGAAUAUGUGCCAAAACACCAGUUGGUUGCCUUGAAGACAAAAUACUUUGAUGACAUUAGAGAUGGAAAAAUUGACUUGUGCUCAAAUGAUCUUUAUUCUCGCGUUAAAACCCGAAAGCGGUGUGCUGCUGAGUCCACUAGCAAUUCUGUCAGCAAUGAAUCUGCUCAGAGUCGAGGUGGUAGUCUUCAUGGGGAAAAUGAAUCGGAAUGCGAUGCUUCUAUGGAAACGUUUGCAUCAUGCUUUCCAAAACGCGAACCGGUGUCGCCAUCAUUUUCAUGUUUUGGUAAUAGUGAAUGCUUCCCAGACUCUAAUUGCACACUUGAAACUAAUGAACAAGAACACACAAGUGUCUAUGCUGCAGAUAAUUCUGAUCAUCUUUCUGGUAUUAAUAACAAUAUGGUUGGUUCAUUCGAUGAAAGAUUGCACGACAUAGACAGAACUUCCAACACAGACAAUAAAGCCGUUCAGUCGGACAUUUUGAAUUCAGAAUCAAAAAGCAUAUCAUGUGAUCUCGGCUUUUACAAUUCUUUGAAUAAAGUAGAUGUGGGGUUAUCUCCAAUAUCUCCUCUGGAUGAUGAAGCUCUUCAAAAGUCGGAGCAAGAAGUCACUCCUACAUCUGCUAUCAAAGAACAAAUAGAGCAGCUCCAUAACACUAAUAAUCACUCUCAAGGGCGAAGCGUCCCGUCGUUGCGCACACUUGUAAAUAUUUACUUUAACUUAAUCCUGUCACAUAUUUCAAAUCAAGAUCAAGUGGUUCAAGGAGAACAAUUGAAUGACUUCCAAAAUGAGCUCGAGUCUUUGCCAUAUAUCUGCGUUUAUAAUCCACAAACUAGUAUCAGCACAUCAGAAGAACUUCUCGAGGCCAUCAAUAAUCAGAGAUGGAGUCUUAUUGCUACUACACCCUCCGAAAAGUUGUUUUCAGUUCCCGAUCAUAGACAGAAAAAUGUUUUGUCACCAGAAAGUUCACUUAGAACCCAUGAUGAUAGAUCUGAUUUUAAAGAUCUUUGUUUCAAUGAAGACAUUUUAUUGGCUUGUAUUACCGGUGGCGCAGGUAGACCAUUAGUUCUGGACAGACUGCUUACUUCAGGAUUGGAUCCAAAUAAAGUGACUGAGCCCAAUUCAAAGUGGCCGUUGCUAGCUCUAGCAGUUUCUUUGGGUCGCUUACACGCUGCUCAAGCUCUUCUUGAUGCAGGUGCUAAUCCUAAUUGCGUUGAACCUAAUUGUCGGCAACGGUCAGCUCUUGGUUUGGCAAUAGCAGCAGGAGAUGUCGAUAUGGCUAACAUGCUUAUAUUGUCUGGUGCAAAUUUCUAUGAGGUGGAACCAGGGUCAACUGCUCUCGCUCUUAUCAUGCGGUUGUUAAAUGCUCAUGUGUCUGCACAAUCAAAUACCAAAACAAACUAUGGACAACUAAAUAAAUCUUACCUUGCUCUGACAGAACUUCAAGAUAAACUACAAAGUCCAGAUAAUCACCAUCCUCCUGUUCCUCCGCCUUGUCCUCCUAACGGACUUGACGUUUACAGUUUACCUAAACCGUAUAUUUUCAAUGCUCUCAUAAACUCGAGUUUUGGAAAUCAUUAUAGUUCUGAUCAAUCAAGCAAUACAGAUUUCAAUAAUUCUAAAUCAGGGAAUAUUUUACCCUCCGUAGAUAGUUUACGUAGACUUCAUGAACUUGUUGUCGCUCAUCAUGCCCGUCUGUCGUUAGGUGUCACUAAUCUAGUUCGAAAUUGGCUUACUCGAGCUGAUCUUGUUCAAGUUGGAUUAGUUUCACCAUGUCAGUGGAUAAAUAUACGUGAAUGUUCUGCUACAAUAAAAUUUUCAUGGCCAAACAAAUUCACUAAACCAAAGUCAGAAUCAUCUCGUUUAGUGGCGCCAAUUUUGAUUUUAGUUCAUGGUCGGAUAACACCUCCGGCUUGUUAUGAUGUUUGGAUGGAUGAUGAUGGUCCUUGUGUUAUAGAACGUGUUUGUCUCGAUCAAAUGUACACACAGAGACCAUUAAAUCGUAUGCUUUUUGUAACUACAUUAUAUCCACUUGACUGGAAAUCAUCGAAACCACGAGAGCAUGAAGUUUUAAUCGAAUUUAAACAGGAUCAUAUUUUAUACAGGCAGUCUACACGUCCAACAUGUAUAGCAAUUAUGAUUGUUGCUGUUGCUCUAUCCCAUAAUAAUAGUAAGGAAGGAGUAUCACAACGGAAUGGGAAUUCAAACACAGUUCAUUCUUCACGUUCAGCUUCGAGUAAUAACAAUAAUAAUAAUAAGACUACUUAAAAGCAAUCAAAAUUCAUUUGUAUAUUCACCAUCUUUAGUUGAUUAAUUAAUCAGUAUAUAGGAUGUUCUAUUUUUUUCCUUCUGGGGAAAUUAUUUCAGCCAACUAGUCAGGUAGUAGAAUAGUACAUAUUAUCACUGAGCAACUAACUGCAUGUAGUAUUAAAAAUAAUUUUACUGUGAUCGUGUAACAGUUUCAACUGUGAAACUAAUUUUUUGUCAAUUGGGUCAUAUUACCAAUGAGCUUUCAGAUAUAUAUUGGUGUGUUAUUCCUAGGCAUCAUUUAUCAUAUUCUUGUAUUUUAUCCUAUUAGGGAUUUAUCAACAAUUCAUUUCUAAUAUACUGCUUGUUGUAUUCUCACUGCUGUGUUAUAUAUACUACCUAGAGACACGAGUAUCAGAUAUCAAGUAUUAUAGUCCUGCGUAUGUAAAUGAGCGCUUAUCUACCGUUGUAUAACUUCGUAUCUUCGUAUGAAAUGACUCCAAAUUUCUCCCACUGAAUAAUUGUUUCUAUUAUUAUUAUUAUUAUUAUUAUUCAUCUUUUAAUUCAUCAUACUUAGAAGAAGAGAUAAAACAAAUACUUAGUUCACAGUGGAUUUCAUUCAUCCGAAAGAGAAGAAAUAAUCCUUGCCAUUAGUCUUGUUUAUUGUAAUGAAAUAGUUUAUUUAUUAUUUAUUUAUUUAUUUGCAUGCAAAACCCUAGCUAACUCACCUUUUACCUUUAUUCUCUGUUACUUACAGGAAUGAUUGUUAUUUGUUAAUAUUAUUAUUAUUAAUUAUUUGAUAAACUAUCUUUCAUUUCUAUCCUGUAAUUGAUUGAUCCUAUAAUAUAUACAAAAAUCUUACACAAUUU